GGAGCGGAGCGCGAGCGAUUUCCAAGCAGGACUGGCAGGACACCCGAGACGCGGCCGCCAUGGACUUGCAGGACUCGCGAGCGAGGGAGGAUCCAGCGGAGCUGCCAUUCUACCCACCGGAGGAGGUGCAGCAAAUGCUGCAGCCUGGAGAUUGGGAGGCCUUGGAGAGGGCAUGGUCCCAUGAUUGGCAAGGUAUGGAGACGGCGGGCUUCCCAUGCGGAUCCUACUUGGCAGAGACCAGUGGCCAGUGGCCUGAAGAAAAGAAGAAAAAGAAGCAGCGGCCGAAAUGGGAUGAGUCCUGGAGCCUCAUUGGCUCCGAUAGUCGUCGACCAGCUCCACAGCGAAGGUAUUUCGAUGCUGUGCCGGCAGAAAUCCGGGCACCGGUCGAGCCCGUGCGUCCGGACAUGAAGAAGAAGGAAGUGAACCCUCGCUUUGAAGAAGACGAUCGCUUCGAAGCUUUGCUCUAUGGCACUGGCUGGUUGGACUGCUGGUCUCAAACCGGCUCCAGCGACAACGAUUCGCUGCACCCCUUGCUCAGGCAUUACUUCGAUCAUCGUGGCAUUGAGUCUUCCUAUCGCCAGCGCCCCACGGCGGACCAUCCAUGGCUGCAGACCAUCCCGCCGCGGACGCCGCAGCGGCCGUCGGCCAGGACCUUGAAGAAGAAGAUCAUCAACCGCGCGACCAUGGCGCCCAAGCCGCCAGACCCAGGUGCUCCAGCGAAGAGCAUCCCUUGGGGUGUGAGGUGCCUGCGCUAUGGCGGUGACUUCAAGGCUCACCAUUACCUGCCGAAGACACACAAGAUCCCGUGGGUCUACGACCAUAAUCGCAGUGAAUCUGAAGAUAACCCUGCGAUGAAUCCUCUUCUGCGGCACUACUUCGAUGCCGAUGGCAUUGAGUCCUCCUUCAGGAACCGCGGGCGGCAGUUCGGACGCCCCGUGCGGCCGGUCUUCGGCCGUCAGUUUACUCAACCGGACCAACGGUUGGCUGCAGUGGCCUCCUUGGGCAUCCUGGCGCCUGGAAAAACGAUGCAGGAGUCACAGAGUGAACCUUCACUGCACAAGUCGUGAGUGAAAACGCCGGCAGCACUGGUCCUGGCGGUGACAGAGAGGGCG